CCACCAGUGUGAGAGACGGAGACAGAGAAGGACCUCAGCUCAGUUCUGCGGGCUCCCCAUUGGCUGGCGGUUUGUACAAAAUCUAACUCAAACCACUUCAGUCUGAACAAAUCCUAAAGGCGCACACGCAGCCUCCUCCGCAGCUCCACCGCCGCCUUUAGCGUCAUUUCAGAGCCCGAUGCUGCGCUCAUCGCUCAACUUUUAUCUGUGCUGUUGUUCUCAUCAGCUGGCUGAAGGAGGUUGCUCCUGCUUGGUUUUUGGAGAUUUUGUGAAUCGGAUUCGUUGACUUCUGCGCGGUUUUUUUUAUUAAAUUUUUUGGUAUUUCCUUCAAACAGAGGAAGCAAGAAAAAGAAGCCAAUUCUACACCUAAAUGCCAGGGUAUCCGGUGUAACACGGAGCCCACGGAGAUCAAAGAGAACACGAGGGGCGCCUUCGGAGCGACAUCAGUUUUCAAAAUUUUCUCCAACUUCAGCCCUCAGACAAACAUUAGCAUGAUGUCGUAUCUAAAGCAACCACCUUACACUGUCAAUGGCCUGAGCUUAACAACCUCCGGGAUGGACCUUUUGCAUCCAUCAGUGGGUUAUCCAGCCACGCCACGAAAACAAAGGCGAGAAAGGACUACUUUUACGCGCGCACAGCUCGACGUUUUGGAGGCGUUGUUCGCCAAAACCAGGUACCCGGACAUAUUCAUGCGCGAAGAAGUGGCGCUGAAAAUCAACUUACCUGAGUCCAGAGUACAGGUUUGGUUUAAGAACCGGCGGGCCAAGUGUCGCCAGCAGCAGCAACAACAACAGAACGGCGGACAAAACAAGGUGCGACCCCCAAAAAAGAAAAGUUCCCCAACCAGGGAGGUGAGCUCGGAGAGCGGGGCCAGCGGCCAGUUCACGCCCCCCACUAGCACCACCACAGUCCCCGCCAUCCCCACCAGCACCGCCCCGGUGUCCAUUUGGAGCCCCGCGUCUAUUUCUCCUCUCUCGGACCCCCUGUCUACCUCCUCUUCCUGCAUGCAGCGGUCCUACCCCAUGACCUACACUCAGGCCUCGGGCUACAGCCAAGGCUACGCCGGGUCGACGUCCUACUUCGGGGGCAUGGACUGCAGCUCUUACCUCACUCCAAUGCACCACCAGCUGUCGGGGCCCGGCUCGACUCUCAGCCCGAUGAGCACGAACGCCGUCACAAGCCAUCUGAACCAGUCUCCGGCGUCCCUCUCCACCCAGGGCUACGGGACGUCCGGCCUGGGCUUCAACUCCACGGCAGACUGCUUGGAUUAUAAGGACCAAGCGGCGUCAUGGAAGCUGAAUUUCAAUGCCGAUUGCUUGGAUUAUAAGGAUCAAACAUCCUCAUGGAAAUUCCAGGUCCUGUGAACAGAGCAGUGACGAUCACAUGAGACGCAGUUCAGCCAUCCUUCAAUAAAACUCAACAUCAGACUGGUUGAGCCUGGCUGCGCUCUCCUUUUUUUUAUCCCGGUGGUCUUCGGUACUCCUAAAGGAGAGGUUUAAUUUAUUUUAGCACUGGCAUAUAGAUUUUCCCCCUUUCAUUCACAACUUGUAGCCCCUCAUCCACCUCUAUCAUUGCGUGCCUCUGUGCGUAAAAACACCUGUUGAGGACAACCGCAGCCACGGAACUAAAACUUCAGUGAGUCCUGCUGAAGUGCAGACCUCUUUAAAAAAAUGAACCUGCUGGCAGAGAGACAUGAGGAUACUGUGUGGACAUGGAUGCACUACUUUAUUUAAGAAAAAGUGUUUAUAAGGAAUCAAUAUGUAGUUUCUAAGAGACAAUCAGUGUGCGUCUUAAAUAAAUGGUACAUAGGUGUUUUUUUUAUCUGUGCUAUAGCCUUCGAAACUGUGAUCUGUUGUAUUGUAUGCAAUUUGUGAGCCCCCUCUCGCAUCAGACUCUCUGCUGUGAUUUUAAUAGAUUUUUAACUUUUUUGGGACAAAAACUGAGCUAAAAGUAAAAUUCAAAGUGACACAGAGACGAGAUUUUUGUUUUCUGCAGGCACAUUAUGGAGGGUUAGGCCAUACUGGAAAAGACUCUCAGCUGCUUGCUCCCCCCACCCCUCUACUGAUCUGAUUGUGGAUCCUUCUCUCGGUCCCCCAAAGAGAGUGUGACCUCACCGCUGAAAAGACAUGAAUAAAGAUCCUGUGGGCUUACUCUUCUACCAAAAAUA